CGGCCACCCCCACCUGGGCUAUAAAUUUUUGUUCUGCAACUGAUAGAGCUAAGAGAUAGGCGAGUGUUACAGACAGAACCAGAGUUGAAGAUGUGUGUCAAGGCCACCACCAAGAACGCUGUCAAUUGUCGACAGAGACCAGUCAUGGUAUUUGUUACGGAAGUGAUUGAUGAAACGAUCAUGGAGAAGCUUGAAAUAGAACCAUUUUCAUCUACUUACAAAGCAUUUUGUGUUGCGGAUAUGGGAUGUUCAGUGGGCCCUAACGCAUUCUACAGUACACACAAUAUUCUUGAUGCUGUGGAAAAGAAGUUCAUAUCAGAAGGCUUCACUCCUGAUCAAGUGCCUCAAUUUCAAGUCUUCUUUAAUGAUCUUCCUUUCAACGAUUUCAAUACUCUUUUCAAGUCUCUCCCUUCCAAAAGAAAAUACUUCACAGCCGCUGUACCGGGAUCUUUUCACGGCCGUUUGUUCCCUGAUUCCUCUCUGCAUUUUGUACAUUCCUCUUAUGCACUACACUGGCUUUCCGAGGUGCCUCAGGAAGUGCAAGACAAGGAUUCUCCAGCAUGGAACCAAGGGAAGAUUCAUUACACUAAUGCCCCAGAAAUAGUAGUCGAAGCUUUUGCAGCCCAAUUUUCAAAGGACAUGGGGACGUUCUUCGAUGCCAGAGCAAAAGAACUCGUGGAGGGAAGUAUGAUGGUCCUAACCAUGCCAUCAACUCCAGAUGGGAUCCCACUUUCCAACGUACCGAUAGGUAUAUUGUUGAAUCAUUUAGAGUCCUGCCUAGUGGAUUUGGCAAAAGAGGUAACCCUGAUAUCAACUCUGUCACUGGUCUACCUAGAACGUAUGUUGUUCAAUUCAAUUUAUCUGAAGCUCUUCCUAGUGCAGGGAUUAGUAUCUGAAGCUCUUGUGGACUCUUUCAACGUUCCAAUGUACUCUGUGACGCCUAAGGAGAUGAGACAGAUUGUAGAACGAAAUGGGUGUUUUAGCAUUGAGAGAAUGGAGCCUACGGAUUGCGUACCUGAUCCUGACAACCCAGCUACUGGAUAUUCAAUCACAAUGCACUUGAGAUCUGGGCUGGAAGGAGUCAUCGCCAGACACUUUGGAGCCGAGAUUAUAAACGAAUUGUUUGAACGAUUUCUUGAGAGAAUGGAUGAUGUGAUGCUGUCCUUAUUAUCAUGCUACGCACAAGGAUCUCAAUUAACUGUUAUUCUAAAACGCAGAUGCCACAAUUGAAAGCUACCGUAAGAGCAAACCAUUAAUGCAGCUUUACUUGUACGUCUCAAUAAAUGUGCAAAAUUGUGAAUUGCCAGGGAACUGGAUAAAAUAAACUUGGGACAUUCAUAGAUUUCUAAA